AUGAUGGGUUCUUACACAAAACCAGUGUUGUUCACUUGUACAAUCCUUUUCUUUAUCAUUGUUGCUCAAGAAAACCGUGUCGAUGCAGUAGAGCCAUGCGAUCCGAUGCAGCUGAGCCCAUGUCUGGACACCAUUACGAAAGGGUCUGAGCCGUCGGAUUUGUGUUGCGCCAAGGUGCAUGAGCAGCAGCAUUGUGUCUGCCAGUACUUGAGGAACCCUAAUUUCAAAUCUUUUCUUAACUCACCAAACGCCAAAAAGAUCGCCAUUGAUUGUCAUUGUCCGUAUCCCAAGUGCUAG